GCAUUUGACUACGUACCUACCUAGGUUUCAAAACUGACCAUUUUAACAUAUUUAUUCUGCAGUUCGGAUGCAAUAGCUUGGUGAUCAGUAAGAAACAUGUCUGGCUAAUAUGCUGAAAUGAGUUUACCUUGUUUUCUGUUUAUUUAUUUAUUUAUUUAUCCUGUUGUGGCGCUGUAUUGCGGUUACGGUACGGAGGAGUUGAAAACUGCAGUCUGUCUCUUUCAACAAUGUCGGUUGUUUCUGUGGAGGUAUGGCGGCUGUUGCCAUGGCAGCACAUAGUUAGCAAACUCUAGGCAAGCAGUCCUCGAUAAAAUGCAGUUGAUACAUAAAAAAAUAUAUACCGUAUAUAUAUAGAGAGAUAGGUAUUAAGAAGCAAACGUUUGAAAAAUGCAGAAAAGAAUUGCAUUAAUCUCAAUGUUGAGCAAUAUUUUCGGGAGUGGCGUUUAAGUAAAUCUGAAUCGAAUGUUCUAAAAAAAAAAAAAAAAAAAAAAAAAAACUGUUUGCUAUCUCCAGCCACUGAGGCAUGUUGUCAGUCCCAACCUGGUGUUGUUGCUAGGAUAAAAUAAAGUAGCUCUGUUGGGUUGUAAGGGUUGUGGUUUAAAAUGUAUAAAGUAAUCAAUGUAGUUCUGGUAAAUGGUGUAUAAACCUCUUUUAAACACUAUGGGGACUUUCGAAACUGCAGAGGCUGUUUAUUAUGAAGAAGACGAAGACGUAGAAGAGUACUAUGAAUUUGAACCUCUACCUACGUUGUUAGAAGAUGAGGAGAAUGUGUCCCUUGCAGAUAUCCUUUCACUGCGGGAUAGAUGCCUAUUGGAGCAGGAUAUCUGGGCUGUCUGCCUGGAGUGCGCCCACUCCUUGAAGAGUAUUUCCCACUCGCCGCUUUUCCACACUCUCUGCAUUACCCCCGAUACUUUGGCCUUUAAUGCCAACGGAAACGUGUGCUUUAUGGAACAGCUCAGUGAUGAUCCAGAGGGCGCUUUUGUGCCUCCUGAGUUUGACAGAACAGGAAACACCUUUGAGGCACACAUCUAUUCUCUGGGUUCAACCUUAACAGCAGCUACUGAAUAUGUCAUAGAGCCUGAACUGGAGCCUGAGCUGAGUCAAGAGCUGAAGAUGGUUUUGGAACAGAUGCAACUAGAGAAACCUGAAGAUAGACCAGAUAUUGAGAGUGUUAUUAGGCUUGGUGAAGGAAAUACAAAGUGUGCCUCAGCAGCUAUUUGUCGUAAACUCUCUGCCAUAGGACGAAGAGUGUUAUCAAUUGAAUCAGUUGCUGCUUUUCAAGAUGGUUGUGAAAGUCCAUGGAAGGGAAGAGAGCGGCAGGCAGGUGUUGGACGUGAGCUUCAAGAUUAUGAACGUAAUCCAGCAGAUGGAUCUUCCAGCACUGAGGAUCUGGUAUUUGACCCUAAUUUAUUGAAGAAUCAGAUUGCAAAUGUGGCUGAAAGAGAGGGAAAAUGUGUGCAAGAUUUAGUGGUGUCUGUGAAAAAAGACUCUGCAAUGCAGAACUCAGUUGAAGAGAGAAGAGAAAAUGAGAAGCAGUCUCUAUCUAAUGAGGAUCGAGAUACUUUGAAUCUUCAAUCAGAGCUUGAUACCACAUCUAUAGAGCCAAAGAAAAUGUCCCCAGCCAUGAACCUAAAAUUAGCAAAACUAACAAAGAAAAAAUACUGUCCUCUAGUUGAUUCAAGUACACCUACAGAACAGACCGCUUCAUCACUUUCAGACUUUAACAAAGGUAUAAUCUCUUUGCAAGAUACCAGUAGUUUAAGUCCUAUCAACCAGACAGAAUCUGGGAGGAUAGCGCCCAUACUGAAUCAUUCUAAUUCCUGUAAGAGUACUCUUCCUUUUCUUCCAUUUAAAGCCAACAGAACUGUGACUGUAAUAGACCUUUCUGAAAUAUUGCCAGAAGAAAAAAUUGUUCCCAGUCCUGAAAUAUUAACAGAUGACAGCAGCACAAGUUAUACAAACCUCUCUAAGCCUUUGCUUCCCCAGGAAGAGAUGCACUUUGAAAUAACUGAAUCCUCAGGAUAUUUGCCAAUGAAUAACAAAACCACCUCUUCUCCUGUUGAGGUGGAAAACUUUACAUCACCUGUCCACUGCGUCCAAAGACCUAUUGAAACAAACAAAAAUGCUGUAUCUAGCCUAGACACCAAACCUGUAUUUGGAAACAGUAACUUGAAUCAUAAACAACCCCAAAUGAAGUCUUCCCCUGUAAAUGAAAGUUGGAUAAAUAACAACAUAUACCAAAGUGAAGACAACCACAUGAAGGAAAGUAUGCUGUGUCUCAAGGAAGAAACCCAGGAUGAAUGGAUAUCGCUAAAGGACCUUCUCUCUCGUUGUGGUAGACCAUUGUCAGUUAAUGAACUGUGGGCUCUGUGUCACAUAUGCCUUUACACUCUCCAGACCUGCAUAGAUUUUCCAGCCUAUUUAUGCCUGGACUCAGUUUAUGUUGGUUGUGAUGGCGAACUCCUUUUUUUAACUCCAAAAAACACAGCUACCUGUGAUUCAUUUUACUUGGCACCAGAAUUUCAAGAACAUGGCAUCGUUACUGAGAAGGUUUGUGUCUAUGGUGUGGCAGCUAUUCUCUGGGCGGCCGCAAAGUUUAAUUUUUCACCAAAUCAAAAGUUAGCAUUGCCAAGAACGUUAAAGAGGCUGCUGCUUGAGAUGGCAAAAAGAACUCCUAUUCAGAGACCAUCUAUUGCUGCUGCACAAAAGACCUGCAGCGAUUAUCUGUUUCAUCAAGGGACCAAUGCCAAAAAGGUUUGGGCGGAGCUGAACAGCAGUAUUCACCAGACAUUCAAACGGGACGGUGUAGUAAAACCUCAAGAAGCUGCUGAUAUUAGGCAUAUUCCAAGUCAACAUGAGUCUUCAUGUUUCAAGACAGGAUUUGUGCCGAUCGCUGGUGAGAACAAGCUGACUGCUAUAAAGGGUCCAGUUCCUUGUCUGUAUUCUGUAAACGGCUCUUCCAAUCUGCCUGAUGCCUUCUUGUCUUCAGCAACCCACUUCAGACCUAUAAUCCUCACACAGAACACAGAGACAGCAGGUGAACAUAAAACUUCUAGUGCCAAACAACAGGUGAAAGCCAUAAAAAAAGAAAUCCUGGAAAAGAAAGGACUGGUACUUGUGAGUGACAUUGAAAACGAUGUUAAUGAGAACGUGAUCAAUGAAAGACAGCAGAACUCCCAAAACAGCACUUUAAGGCAAAACUGUUCCCCAUCAUCGAAGAAAAACACUUUGGUCAAUUCCGAAUCUUUUCCAGUUCUCCUAAGCUCUUCUGGGUGCACAGACGAUGAAAAAAAGAGUGUUCCAACUGCAGCUAGUAGUUCACGCUCUUCAGCUGCUUCAGUAUUACCUGGUAGCCCCAUUGUUAAUAAUUUUUUCCUUAGACAGGAUCCAAAAACUGGACUAAUAACUUUAUUACCUGUCCAAGUAGCCAUACCAGAGCAGCUCCCAGGCUUGGAGUUUAGCAUAGAACCUGGGUCAAGCUCACACCAAAAGCGGUCUUCCCUCCUUGGAGAAAGCAAAAACAUAGACAAGGUUGUGAUGUCUGCCAACCCAAAGAUCAAUCUUUGUGAGACCUCUGAUGGCAGUGGUCAUUUAAUUACCCCAGUGAAUCACUACCAUGCUGUCAAAGAAAACGCAGCUGCUGUUGAAAGGUCUACGACUUCCUCACCCAUCUCUUCUGUAACUCAGGACAUUCCAAGAAUACUCUCAAAAGGUCACACUGCCAAAAAUGAAGCUAGACCAGUAGAAGUUGUGGAUUCUUUUGUAGAUUCUUGUGGAGAUCUAACAAUGACACAUCCAUUUGGUUCAAGUUUAUCUUUAGACCAAAGGAGCUCACCCCUGCAGAAUGUUAUAUGUCUUAUUAAAGAGGAAUUUGCAUUUGAUGGCUACCUGGAAAAUGGAGUUGAAGAUCUUGCAAUGGGAGAGUACAUCCUCUCUCUAAACGAACUUCAGUUCGGCACAUUUUGCAAUGCAGUAUCUGAGAAAUUCUGUGACCUGUACUGGGAUGAAAGAUUACUAGAGACACUGUACAAAGUUGUCAAUGGAAAACAUCCUCAAACUUCUCGGAUCUAUUCCAAAUCUGUUUUAAGCUUUGACAGUUCUGCCCCUGUGAGCAGAAAGCAAAGAAAGUCUCAAGAUAUUUGUGAGAAGAGUCCCAUUGGUCUGCAGAGAAUUGUAUCUCUGAACCAGAGACAGCUUCCCGGACAGUUGCCAUCCCUACCAGCAACUGAAACCUUAUAUUUACCAGAUGAAAGGUGCACUGAGAAAGGAACAGAGACCUCUGGCAGUGCCAGUCCAGCAGUGUCAGACAAGGAAUCCCUCCCUGACACAAAGGCAGAACUACCCUGGAAAGAUACGUUUGAUGAGAUGGACUUGAAAGAUCUUCAUCCAGAGAGAAAUCCUGAGCCCUCACCUCUGUCUGGAAAAGAUGAAUAUGUUUCAAGCAGGGCUUGUACUUCAAGGGAAAAGGAUCAGCUCAGCCUAGGUUAUACAGAGGAGACUGAAGAUACUGAUUCUGUGAACUUUGAAAGAAUGCCUGAAAAUAGCCGUUCUUCAUCUCCCUUUCAAACAAAUGUUCGAAAGUGCAAUCCAGGCUGGACUAGUGUGUUUUACGGGGCUGAUUGCUUUGGGGAAGAGGUUCUGAAUUACGUGAAGAAGCUCGGGAGGAGAAAUGAGGCACCGUGCAUGGAUGUUAAAAUGUUGUCUGUCAUAGAACAAGACCUUAACCAGGAGCUUCAGCAGCAGUUGAUGAUGGAGUCAAAGAAUCUAAAAAAGACCAGAACAUUCUACCAGAAACUCUUGCACCAAGACAGACGAAACAAAGGUUCUGAAACCAAAAUGUUACCUAAACUGAAAGGCCAAUUGGAAGAAAUGAGAUCCAAAGUAGAAUUUCUGGAAUUAAUUAAAAAAUACCUGGAGAUUUUGUGUAUGGAGCAGUGGGGUCUGGACAUCUCCCUCCUCCCUUCCCUGGCAAACUCUGGAUCAGGGGCUGCGACUUUGAAACUGAAUCCUUCUGAAGACAACUCACUGCUAACUUUCCAAUCGGUGAAAGUAAGCGGCAAAAUCAGCCAAAACAAAACAAGAAUGGUACAGGCGGGAACACCACUUGGACUUAUGUGCUACCUUUAUGCUAGGUAUGCAUUUCUGGAUGGUUACAUUCAACAGUUCCUUUACACAUUUCGUUAUUUCUGUACACCAAAGGAAUUUCUUCAGUUUUUGAUUGAUAAAUUGAACAGUGCAGUCAGCUCAAGCCAAGGGUACUCUUCUGAUUGUGCAAAGAUAUACAACCGCACAUUAGAUCUACUGCAAGCAUGGGUUGAAGACUGCUACCAAGUGGACUUUGUGCCUGAUUCCAAUCUCUUAAACACACUGAAAGAUUUCAUUUCAGCCAAGGUCCUUCCAUUGGACAGUCGAGGUGAGCAUUUACUAGCAUUGCUACACAGUGCCCCUAAGAAAAAGAGGUCCCACAGUGAACCAAGUGAAGAUGACACAAAGUCAGUUCAUUCCUUGUGCAGAAAAAUAUCAACUGAGGAGACUUCUAGAAAGAGUUUUCACUUGAGAAUGUCUAAAGGUGGAGAAGCAAUUAGUCCAGUGCAAAAAGAACAGUAUUCUAUUGCAGCAGCUUUGCCCAGACCCUGUUACUCUUCUCUCAUUGACGAGCUCUCAAGUUCAUGUCUGAGAACAGAAGAAAACUAUCCAUUAUUUCAAAGUGAAUAUAGCACACAACAGAUUGUGCACCAGCUUACUUUGGUUCAGCAGGAAAUGUUUCAAGAAUGCCACCCGGUUCAUUUUCUUAAUUCAAGAGCACUUGGUGUCAAAGACAAAACACUACAUAUUACAAAAACUUUUGGUCAGGAUACUUUGCCACUAGAGGGCAGCAGCCUCUUUGCUUCAGAACCUUCACAAAACAGAUACCUGCUGCAGCUUCUGAGAUACGGAGACAAUGUCAGUAGCUGGGUCUCUGCUGAAAUUGUCAUCUGUGAUACUCCAAAGGCACAGGCUGGAUUACUGUCAACAUUUCUCCAUGUUGCAAAGCUUUGUUUCGAAUUAAGAAAUUUUGCCACAGCAAUGCAUAUCCUUUGUGGACUUGAAAACAUAAUAGUCAGACAGUUACCUGCAUGGAAGAACCUUUCUUCAAAAGUUUCUGAAAUCAUGGAGGAGCUGAAAGCUGUUCAGGUGUUCUUGAAAAGUGAUAAUCUAUGUUUAAUGGAAGGAGACAGAUUUAAAAAGCUACCAACCAUCCCUUCAGCUCACCUUCUGGCCAUGCAUGUUCAGCAGCUUGAAAUUGGUGCAUUGACAAUGGCAAAUGGUGCCUAUAAAUGGCCUAAACUCAGGAAUAUAGCAAAGGUAGUGAGCCAGGUUCAUGCUUUUCAAGAAAAUGUGUAUACAUUUGUUCCUGACUUGGAUCUGCAAGCUUACCUGAGACAUCGCAUUGCCCAGUUCUGCCAAGCUGACAUUCCUCUUCUUGCUGCAGAGAACAACACUAAUUUUCAUCAGAUACCGACGGAGAAGCAUUCUCGAAAGAUUCACGACACAUUACGGAGAAUGAAGGCAACAUUUCAGUAACUUCCACUGUUCAAAGAUGUUUUUGAGAUCAUUUGCAUUAAAACUUAUCUGUGACUUGCAGACAGGGAGACAACCCACCUUUUAAACCAGCUAUACUUCUUGCUAUGUCUAAUUUACAUUUAAAUUGGCAGCCCCUAUUCUAUAUUUAUGCCUGCUAAAAUGACAUAUACUUGUCUGUGGUUUUAAGUGGCUUCUGUCACCCCAUUACCUCCAUGUAGUCAUUGUUAUUUCUAUGUGGAUGGAGGCUCUAACUGUUCCACAGACUUGUCCACUAGCCAGUCAGGCCAGCAAUGUGGGUAUAUAGACUAAGGGCUCCUAAACAAAGAGAACAAUGACAAAGUUUAUUUUCUUUCUGUUACCGCCCCAUGUUAUGUUAUGUUAUGUUUUAGAUGUGGAUAAUAUUUAAGUCUGCUUACUCGAAUAGAAUAGUUUAUUCUUUAUUUCUGUUUUUUUUUAUUUUUUUUUUUUUUUUUUUUUUUGUACUACGUUAACUUAUUUGUGGCUUGCAUACAGAAUAAUGUAAUGUACAGUUAAUACAGUUUUCAAAAAUCACAAGCCUUCACUGUAAUCAUGUUCUCCACUAUAUGAAACAAAUAUAGAAAGUAUACUUCUAUUUCAGAAUGUGCUAGAGUAGAAUGUGAGUCCACUCCUAAUGUCACUUUCCACUUAUAUAUACACACUCAAUGUGCUCUCUCUCUCUCUCUCUCUCUCUCUCUCUCUCUCUCUCUC